AUGGCAAACGGCAAAGUCGUUGUUUCUGCAGUUUCUAUCAUCCUUGUAGUUGGUGUUGUCAUUGGCACCGUUGCAGUUGUUAGCAACAACAACAGCAGCCAUGACCAACUGAAAUCCCACAACAAGGCAGUCGAGAAGUUGUGCCAAAACGCAGAUGACAAGAAACUUUGCUAUGACGUCAUUGGCAACGUCAAUACCACUGACCCAAAGGAUUACGUCUCAGAAGUGGUGAAGAGAACAUUGGAUACCGUCAUCAAGGCAUUCAACAUGACCGAUAGCCUCUCUGUGGAGCAUGGCGAGAGUAAUCCUGGCAUGAAGAUGGCCCUUGAUGAUUGCAAGGACUUGUUGCAAUCAGCAACCCACGAACUCGAGGCCUCUAUCAACCUUAUCACUGACAACAAUUUCGCAAAUGUUUACCAGAGUUCCGCUGAACUCAAGAAUUGGUUGGGUGCCGUUAUUGCCUACCAGCAAUCUUGUAUGGACGGCUUUGACACCGACGGUGAAAAGAAAGUCAAAACCGAGCUGCAAGCUGAUAGCUUGGAUAGCGUUGGCCAGCUCACUGCACUUGCUCUUGAUGUUGUUUCCGGAUUGUCCCACUUCCUUAAUGGUCUUGGUUUGAACUUGAACCUCAAACCUGCUUCUAGAAAGCUCCUUGAGGUGGAUCAUGAGGGAUACCCCACUUGGUUAUCUGCCGCAGAUCGCAAACUCUUGCAAGACGUCAAUAAUGUCAGACCUAAUGUUGUUGUUGCCAAGGACGGUAGUGGCCAAUUCAAGACCGUUUUGGAGGCUAUUAACUCUUACCCUAAGAACUACACAGGUAGAUACAUUAUCUACGUUAAGGCUGGCGUUUAUGAUGAAUACAUUACCGUUGACAAGAAGUUCAAGAACUUGUUCAUCUAUGGCGAUGGAAAUACAAAGACCAUCAUAACCGGUCGCAAGAACUUCCAUGAGGGUACUAAGACCAUGAGAACAUCCACAUUCUCCACCAAUGCUGAUGAUUUUAUUGCCAAGUCAAUUGCAUUCGAAAAUACCGCUGGUGCUGAAGGUCACCAGGCAGUGGCACUCCGUGUGCAGGGAGAUCGCUCAGCCUUCUUUGAUUGCGCAAUGCGUGGUUACCAAGAUACACUUUAUGCCCACGCCCAUCGUCAGUUCUACCGCAACUGCGAAAUCUCUGGUACCAUCGACUUCAUCUUCGGCUAUGGCACCACCUUGAUCCAAAACUCUAGGAUCAUUGUGAGGAAGCCCAUGUCAAACCAGCAGAACAUUGUGGUCGCUGAUGGAACUGACCAGAAGAACAUGCCUACUGGUAUUGUCCUCCAAAAUUGUGAGAUCAUGGCUGAUUCCACCCUCUACCCAGACAGGUUGACAGUGAGGACAUUCUUGGCAAGGCCAUGGAAGGCAUUCUCAAGGGCAGUGUUCAUUGAGAAUACCAUUGGUGAUUUGAUCCAGCCACAAGGUUACAUCCCAUGGAACCCACCAACUGAGGCUAACACUGACAAUUGUUACUUUGUUGAGUAUGGAAACACUGGAGCUGGUGCCAAUGCCGGAGCCAGGGCCCCAUUUGCAAAAGGCAUUAUUAGUAAGGAUGAGGCUUCUCAAUUUCUUGCUGAGCGAUGGAUCCAAGCUAGCACCUGGGUCCCUGCCACUGGCAUUACAUACGAUGCUGGCUUCACCAAGGCUUAA